GGGGUAUUAUUAUCUUUUAGCUACCCACCCUGCUAUAAAACCCGACAUCUCCACAUUGCAGUAGUGCUGCUCUGCUCUCCCUCCCUACUGUGAAUCUGACAAGCCUGCCUUCUCUCGCUCAACUCCACUAUUGCUUUGCUCACCAGCCUGUUUAAGCCUGACAGGGACACCCACACUUCUCUCCGCUCCGAUGUUCUACCGUUCCACUCUACUAGCAGUUCCUUAUCUUUGUAUUGGUGUUGGAAGUGUGGAUAUUCCCUGUUUUUGUGAAUGGGCAUCCGAUGCGAGGUAGUUGUGACUGUGAAUGUACUGACUGACCAACCGACUGACUGACUGACUGAAGGACGGACUGACUGUCAUCUCUGGGUACUCUACUCUGAAGAAACAAUGUGGCAGGUCACUGGACAUCACUGGUAGACUUGGAAUAAUAAACAAAAAAGGAAAGGAAGUAAUUAAGAAGUAAGCGAAGGAGAGGAGAGGGAUGGCCCACACAGAGGAUGACCUGAUCGGGAUUCCGUUCCCCAACCACAGCAGUGACGUUCUGUGCUGCCUCAACGAGCAGCGCCGCUCCGGGUUACUCUGUGAUGUAGUCCUCGUUGUACAAGACCAUGAGUACCGUACCCACCGCUCGGUCCUUGCCGCCUGCAGCCAGUACUUCAAAAAGCUCUUCACCGUGGCCUCUGACGGAAGGGACCAGCAUGGGGUGUUUGAGAUAGACUUUGUGGCCCCCGAGUCGCUGUCUGCAAUCUUGGAGUUUGCUUACACAUCCACGCUGACGGUGACGGCGUCCAACGUAAAGGAGAUCCUUGGAGCGGCUCAGAUGCUGGAAAUUCCCUGCAUCAUCAACGUGUGUCUGGAGAUUAUGGACUCUGGUGAGGGAGGAGGUGGAGGUGGAGGAGGAGAGGAGGAAGAGGAGGAGGAUGUAGAAGAAGAGGAGGAAGAUGAUGAAGAGGAUGAUAAAGACAUGGAGGAGGAUGAUGAGUCAAGGAAGGACGAGCAGGAGGAUAACGAAGAGGAUAAUGCCAGUGAGAGGUCAAUGAGGUCGUCAGAGAGUCAGGACCAGGUCGGGUCAGAGAGAGGAGCAGCUCCCAGUCCACCCAAUACCUCCCAGUACCAGCAGCAGUACGAGCUGCAGCAGAAUGAGAGGAAGUGUCGGGACACAGACUCUCAGUGUGAGAAACCCCGGCAGGAGCAUGAGAGCAUGGAGAGCCGAGCCCUCAAAGACUUUUCCAUUGAAUCCCUGCUACAGGAAGGGCUAUACCCUAAAAUGCCAUCAGUCCUGGACAGGAGGGCUAACUUUUCCCCUCUGCUCCCCGGCUUCUACCCUCCCAUGUGGGCCGCAGAUUUCCCAGGUUUCCCCCAAAAGGUUCUAGACCCCAACCACCAUGCCCAGACUCCCCGCCCCUCCUACCCCCCCCAGCUGGACAACAGACCCCUAGACCUAGUUGUGAAAAGAGAGAUCAUCAAAGAGGAGCUAAAGGAGGAAGUCCCGCCCAGCAUGCUGCAUGGGGACUUCCUGAAAAACUUCCUGAAUUCCGGCCUAUCAGGGAUGGGAGUUGAGAUGGGGGUGGUACGGUCCGAGGGGUCUCACCUCCAUCUGGGCCAGAUAAAGGACGAGGCAGACUUCCGCUCCUACAUGGGCUUCCUGAGCACGUCAAGCCACCUGGGGGCGCUGUUCCCUCCCUGGCAGCUGGAGGAAGAGCGGAAGAUGAAGCCUAAAGCCUCCCAGCAGUGUCCUAUAUGUAACAAGGUGAUCCAGGGGGCAGGGAAACUACCCAGACACAUGAGGACCCACACAGGAGAGAAACCAUACAUGUGCACCAUCUGUGAGGUGCGAUUCACCAGGCAAGACAAACUGAAGAUCCACAUGCGAAAGCACACAGGCGAGCGCCCCUAUAUCUGUCUUCACUGUAACUCCAAGUUUGUCCAUAACUAUGACCUAAAGAACCACCUGCGUAUCCACACAGGGGUGCGGCCCUACCAGUGUGAGCACUGCUACAAGAGCUUCACACGUUCAGACCACCUACACCGCCACAUCAAGAGGCAGAGCUGCCGCAUCUCACGCCCUCGACGGGGCCGCAAGCCGGCCUCUUGGCGCUCAGUCAACAACUUCCUGCAGGGCCCUCCGUGCUCGGCCAAUCACCACGAGGGCGGCAAGACGCUGACUGAGAGGUCGGGCGGAUGCCGGCUUCUGCCCUCCCAUGGGGGAGUUAGAGGUCAAAGUCUGAGCCUUGGGGAGAGAGAAAGACGGGACCUGGGUCUGGGUGGUAAGAACCUGAGUUAUAAGGACUUGGACAGUGACAGCAGAGAGAGCAGAGAGAGCAGGGAGAGUCGGGAGGCUCGGCACCGGUCAGACAGGAAGCAAGUGGUGGAUGAGGUAGAGAUGGAGAGACAGAGGGGCGUGUUCACCUUUGCCCUGGCAGGGCCUGGGGAGGAAGUCCUUACCCACCCUCCAUUUUACAUCCCUGACCCCUGGACCAUGAGACUGGAGAACCACACCCCUAAUAUCCCUGAGCCGGCAAACUAAACAUUUUCCAACUGACACUUCCAAAUGAUAGCUAAAUGACACUUCAUUUCAGAGUUCUAAGAAUCACACAGAACAGAGAGAGUUCUCUGUCUGGUAGAUUUCCCACCUGCUGUUUAGAGAUUUAAGGGGAGUGAUUUCUGGGAACAUAGGUAUAUAGCAAACAUGGUAAAUACUUGGAAAACAGUUGAUGUUAAACAUCUCAGAUCAAAAUCUUUUGAGCUGCCAUCUUUACAAUCGCAAGGAUUUUGAUAAAAACUUUUAAUUUGGAGAAGUAAAACGGGACGAAUACAUUUUAUAUGUUCCAAAAGUACUAAAUUGAAAAACAUUAUACUCUCAGGACAUGACAUAACUGUUUAUUUUUGGAUUAUUAAUGUAAACGUGGAAUUCAUAGUGUAAUUAAUUAAACCUUUUUUUAACUAGGCAAGUCAGUUAAAAACAAAUUCUUAUUUUCAAUGGUGGCCUAGGAACAGUGGGUUAACUGCCUGUUCAGGGGCAGAAAGACAGAUUUGUACCUUGGGGGUUUGAACUUACAACCUUCUGGUUACUAGUCCAAUGCUCUAACCACUAGGCUACCCUGCUACCCCACUAGGCUACCCUACCCUAACAUAUGGCAAUACGUUGUUUCCUAAAUUCCCAGUCUAUAAAUGAAUAAACUGAUAAGCUACAAACUACGGAUUCCAAAUGUACCCAAAGUUCCAGACUUUGGGUACAGUGCUAAUUAACAGGGUAGUCUAAGCCACCGAAGAACAUUCAAAACCAAGAGAGAAGAGAAAUUAUUCACUUGACAAAAAAAAUCUACAUUGAAUACUUGUUUUUACCCUUGUAAUGCAUUGUUCUCAGAUUUUGUCUGCACUAUUGUAAAUAUAUACAAAUGUUUUAAAGAAUUUGACCAUAGUUAUGUUGAUUAUUGUUGUAUUAUAUUUGUUGUUGUUUUUUAUAGUUGAUAACCCCUCCAAAGAUGUGGAGUUUGAUAUUGCACAAACUUGAAUAAGCCUUGUGUUACAUUGCAUACAGUAUGUUCUGUGUUUCUUCUAAAGACCAUGUUGUGUAAAUAAUUUGUGAAACAGAUAGAUUAUUGCUUUAGCUAUGUCACCUGCUGGUGAUUUGAUUGCUGCAGUAAGACAUUUAAAAAGGGUUUCUACCCUAUUUUCAUAUACAGUUUGUUUUCUGAUCUGUGUGUAAAUGUUGUUAUUCACAAUUAUUUGAAUUGAAAUGGGAAACUAUUUUCUUGGUAUUUAUGCAUAUUUAAAUUAGCCUUGGCUAUAUUUUGCAAAUAUGUUGUUUUAUAAAGACACUAAAUGUUGUACUCCUGUGGGUCUGGGAGUUUAAAUUCUGGUUUUGUGUGUGUGUGUGUGUGUGUGUGUGUGUGUGUGUGUGUGUGUGUGUGUGUGUGUGUGUGUGUGUGUGUGUGUGUGUGUGUGUGUGUGUGUGUGUGUGUGUGUGUGUGUGCCCAGUGAGUGUGAGAGAGCGCGCUUUUGGUGCAAAUCUUUUAUAACUGGAAUUAUGGUUUGGAUGCCAUUUUAGAGAACGACACUCAACAUCCUCAAUCAUCUAUUGAGCUAUAGCUUGUAUUCAAACAUCAAUAUUAUAAUCACUGUCUUCAUAAAAGCAUACACAACACCUCGACAUUGCUAUCACAAUAAACUGGUGAUGAUAAUAUCACCAUGAAACAUCAAAUAAAUUGGAUGCCUUGACAUUGUAAAGAUUUGACACAAAUGUAUACCUUUCCAAAUAAAUAGGGCUAUGGAAUUUUGACAUAUAAAGAAUGUUAUUUGAUUGUUGGAUACAAAUAUACUUGCAUUAAACGUUUAUAAUGCUGUAAAACAGUAUUAUGUUGAACACUUUA